AUGGCCGACUUUGACGCAUUUGAAAGCGCUCCCAGCGAAGACGUAGACCCCGCAGCCGACUUCCUAGCUCGGGAACAGUCAGAACUUGCUGGGCUCGACGACGACAAUUUUGGGGAAUCUUCGAAUUAUGUCAAUCAAGAUUUUGGUGGAUUUGAAGAGCCUAACUAUGACAUACAGAAUGUGCCAGACGGUGGCAUGACAGACUUUGAAAUGUUAGGAAGCUCUGGCUAUGACUUUGAGAACGCACAGGUGCCGGUUGCUGAUUCCUUUGGUGGGAGUGAAUUCACCUCCAAUGGACCAAGCAACAUGUACGAGGCCAUCUCCCAACAAGACACAGCCCGAGCUGUCCCAGAGAAGAUUCAAAUCUGGCAAGAGGAGCAGAAGGCAAGGCUGGAGAAGAAAGAUGCUGAGGAAGAGUUGCGCAAGAAGGAGCUGAAGGAGAAGGCAAAGAAAGAACUAGAAGAUUGGUACAAGCAUCAUGCAGAACAGCUGGAGAAGACAAAAGAAAACAACAGGGCUGCUGAGGCAGCUUUCAUUAAAGACAGAGAUGAAUCAAUUCCUGGCCAGGCUUGGGAGAAAAUCACCCGCUUGUGUGAGUUCAACCCAAAGAACUCCAAAUGCACCAAGGAUGUGACGAGAUUCCGAUCGCUGCUGCUACAGCUCAAACAGACUCCAUUGGUGCGCUAG